CACGCUGCAGAUGUGUCGCAGAUUUAAAAAGUCACUGGACUCAUCUAGUACAAGGAAAUGGAGCAGUGCAAAGCAUAAAAUACUGAUUGUUAACAAGGCAGCGGAAGAGCGGGAACGUGUGCAGCCAUUCUAACAGUGCAUGGGAUUUGCAAUUCAUAGUUACUUUAACGACCAGAAGGAAAAGCACAAAGAUACAUUGACAGCUACUUCGUUCGUGUUUUUAGGGGAGCAACUUAACUGAUGGAACUGUCGGCAAUCGGUGAGCAAGUGUUCGCUGUGGAAUCAGUCAUAAAGAAAAGAGUUAGAAAGGGUCAUGUCGAAUAUUUAUUGAAGUGGAAGGGGUGGCCUCCCAAGUACAGCACAUGGGAGCCAGAGGAGCACAUUCUAGACCCUCGGCUGGUUUUAGCGUAUGAGGAAAAAGAACAGAGAGAAAGGUCAGUGAGGUGGCGUAAAAGAGGCCCAAAGCCGAAAAGACUCUUCAUGCAGAGAAACAUUUACGCAAUGGAUCUACGCAGCGCACACAAAGAUACAGAGAAGUCUUCAGCACAUCUGCCGCUCUCGCUUGACCCAAGGUUCCAGUCCACAGGGGCUUGUAUAUAUCGGCAAUUAAGCCACCACAAGAAAAAGAAGAAAGCUUCCAGAGAGACUUCUGAGGAAGAAUGGGAUAGAAGAGAAGAUGAUGAUGAUGAUGAUGAUGAUGAUGAUGAUGAUGAUGAUGAGGGGGUUAUGGAGGAGGAAGAAGAAGAAGAGGACACAAGACAAGGAGGGACUAAAACUGGCAGCAACACUUUAAACAAGCGUGUCAGGAGAGGUCGCUGGAGUCCAACCACUGGGUCAGAGGCAAUGACUAUAUCUCCUUUACCUGAAGACUGGAGUCCAGUUAUGGGCCCAGAGGAGGUCAUUGUGACAGAUAUCACCAUCAACUCACUGACUGUGACUUUUAGAGAGGCCUUGGUAGCAAGGGGGUUCUUCAGGAGCUGGGAGAUGGAGAUCUGACAUUACAGAGACUGAGGACGGUCAGAGCGAGGAGGAAAGGGAAUUGGUACAUCCUUUUUUGCAUUGUUGAUUAUGUGCUUGCACAUCUUCCGCCAGUGUUUCAGACUGUUUAUUUGCACUAUUAGUUCUAAUUGAGUUCAAACCUUUCAAAAUGUUGUUUCAGUGAUUACAAUCAGUCAAAGUAACAGUAGCAGGCCAUGCCAUUUAAUGGCAAUAACUGAUAUUAUGAUGAGAUUUUGAACUUGUGUUUGCCAUGAAAAGAACCAAGCCAGUUCUCUGAUACUGGUUUCGAUGGUGUUUUGCAGUGAAGUUUACAGAUUCAACUAACUGGGAUAGAGUUUAUUUGGUCUGGUCAUGUAUUUGCAUGAAAUACAUAAUGCUAGUUCAGAGUAGCACAAUGAAGUAUUCCUAAAAGCCAAGCUGUCACAUAUAUGUCUAUACAUAUUCACAUUGUAUGUAUGUAUGUAUGUAUGUGUAUAUAUAUAUAUAUAUAUAUACUUGGUGAACAUAUUCUAAUCUUGACCUUCAAUUUAAAUUGCACACCUCACUCAGUAAAUUAGAAUUAGUGGCCUCAAUACUCAAAAUAUGUAAAAUACAAUUUUGGAAAAUAGCAUUUCAACACUUAGUGUGCCAUCCUUGACAGUUCAUAAACAAAAUAUUAUAGUGUGAAACAAAAUUCUGCACUCCUUGCACAAUUAUGUUCUAACAUUGAGCAUAGUUAUGUGUAUGGAAUAAAGUUUUAUUUUAUUUUCCAACACUAUUGCUUGCUAGUAUCUCAUCUGUUUGGAGUGUUUGUGCAAUUGUUUUUUUUUUUGUCCUGCCAAGUAUGACUUAAACUUGCUGUUUAUUUUCGGUGUUAUUUUAGUUCAAGAUGAAAACUGAGACCUGAAGACAAAAAAAAAAAAAACAUCUGUAUCAUCCAUCUCUGGGGGUUUUACUGUUUAAUAUUUGACUUCAUGUGACCUGUAUAUAUUUGAUAGACUAUGUCUGUGCCAAAUGUCUGUGGUUGCUUUUGCUAUUCAGAGUAUUUGCACUUUAAAAUGGAAAACAUGGUAUUAUGAUGCCAUUAAUAAAACCUCUGUGUAACUCUA